AUGGAGAAGUAUAGAAAGUUAAAAGUUAUCGGAAAAGGUAGUUUCGGCUAUGCAGUCCUUGUUCAGUCAGUUAUCGAUAGACAAACAUAUGUUAUGAAAGUCCAUGUUCUUAAAUCUAUGAGACAUCCAUACAUCAUCACUUACAAAGAGUCAUUUAUGGACAAGAAAUGCUUAUGCAUAGUUAUGGACUAUGCUGACGGUGGCGAUUUAUAUACUAAAAUAGCAAAUCAAAAGAAAAUUGGAAAAGUUAUGUACUCUGAGGAUCAAAUAUUAGACUGGUUUGUACAGAUGGCUUUAGCCAUUAAACAUAUACAUGAUCGCAAAAUUCUACACAGAGAUUUGAAGACUUAGAAUAUAUUCAUGACCUAGACUAAUUAAAUUAAAAUUGGAGAUUUCGGUAUUGCUAGAGUACUCUAGCAUACUUAUGAUUGCGCCUAAACUGCUAUCGGUACUCCUUAUUAUCUAUCUCCUGAGAUCUGUCAGGAAAAACCAUACAAUCAGAAAUCAGAUAUCUGGUCUCUUGGGUGCAUACUAUAUGAAAUGGUUACACUCAAGCAUGCUUUUGAUGCCAGCUCUAUGAAAGGAUUGGUGCUUAAAAUAUUAAGAGGAACUUAUCCAGCAAUUCCUCCCAGUUACUCUUAAGAUCUUAAGGACUUAUUAGCAGAUAUGCUAAUCAAGGACCCCACAAAGAGACCCUCAAUGAGGAAGAUCUUAGAAAAGGAGUUUCUGAGCAGAAGAAUUUCGAAGUUACUGACAAGCACUAUUGCCAAAAACGAGUUCUCAGCAACCUUCCUUUAGAAGCACAUUACACCAUUCACAAAGGUAAUAAACAAUUAACGUAGCUAAUUAAAUUAGGAUUAGGAAGAAGAAUCAAAGGACAGUGAAGUAAGUGACGUUGAUAAUGUAAGGGAUUCUAGUAAUUUUGACAUUUCAAACCCCAAGGAAAAGAUCCCUGCCAUUAAAAAUUUCAAGCCAAAUCCAAACAUCUAAAGCUCUGGGGCCUAGGAUCAGAGUGGCCACAGUUCAUCAACUAACUCUAAGAUGGCUUAUCAUCAGAAGAACCCAGACUUCCCCAACCCUAAAGUAGUGAAUAACUUUGUGCAGGGUAAGGCAGUCAAGGAGGAAAAGAAGGUAUCUCGUUAGAUCAGAAAGGAGGAGUCAUCAGAUGAUGAUGAUGAGAAUUUCGAGGAGCCAUAGAGGGCUAUUCCUACCUUCCUGCAAAACAUUCCAGGCAUCACUUUGACACCCUCUGAUCCACUAGGCUACAGAAUUGAAGCUUUGAGAGUGCAUCUUGAGAAGCAACUCGGAGACAUCCCAUUCAUCGCAGCUUAUAAGCAUCUUGUGAACUUGUCGGCUGAUGAUGAGACUGAUACAGAUGAACUAGAGGGAAUGCUCGGAGCCAAGAAAAUGAAGUUUGUGCAGCUGAUUCAUUAGUUGAUCGUGUGUGAAGAGUCCUACUAUGCAAAUAAAAAUGAUGGUAGCUACUGA